AUGGCCAACAUUAAAGAACAUCUGCUGGACACUCUAGAGGAAUUGACCACAGAGGACCUGAAGAUGUUCCAGUGGCAUCUGACUAGCAGUGUGGAAGAUAAACAUAUCCCAAAGUCUCACCUGGAGAACGCAAACAGACAAGACACCGUGGACAACAUGGUGCAAACAUAUGGUCAAUUUAGAGCUGUGGAGAUCACACUAGACAUCCUGAGGACGAUGAACAAUAACCAGCUGGCUGAAAAACUGAGGACCAAAGUCCAAAAAAAUGUUCAAGACACCGUGGGCAACAUGGUGCAAACAUAUGGUCCAACUGGAGCUGUCGAGAUCACACUGGCCUUCCUGGAGAAGAUGAACAACAACCAACUGUCUGAAGAACUGCGGACCAAAGUCAAAAACAGUCAGGCAGCUUCCAGCACAGCACCACUUGGACUUUGCAAUAAGAAUGCUGCUCUCACUGAAGAACUGAAUCUUCUGAAAGAUGAACAAUAUAAGCUGCAUGAUCUUCUUCUGUACUCCUACCCAAAACUCAGAAAUUUAAAAGAAACUGGGCUUUUUGACGAUAAUUGCACAUGUGUGUUCAUCUUCAAUGGAUUGGAUGAAAUGAGAAAACAACUGAAUUUCAAAUAGAAGAAAAUUACAGAUAUAACUAAGAAGGCAUAUGUUGAUGUCCUGGUAACAAACCUCAUCACAGGAGCUCUACUUCGAACUGCUUCUGUCUGGAUCACCUCCAGACCUGCAGCAGCAGAUCAAAUCCACAGGAAAUACAUCCACCUGAUGACAGAAGUACAAGGAUUCAUCACUGACCAACAGAAGGAUCAGUACUUCAGGAACAGAAUCAGUGUACAGGAUCAGGCCAGCAGAAUCAUCUCACACAUUAAACAGUCAAAGACCCUCAAUAUAAUGUGCCACAUACCCAUUUUCUGUUGGAUCACAGCCAUAGUGCUUCAGCAAAUCAUGAAUCAAUGUAAUAAGGCCCCCAGGAGCCUAACAGAAAGGUUUGUGCACUUUCUUAUUAUUCAGAUGAGCACAAAGAGUGAGAAAUAUAAUGAAACUCCUCAGAAAGACACAAAAAAACUUCUGGAAUCCAACAGGGCCAUGAUUCUGAAACUGGCUGAACUGGCAUACAGACAGCUAAUAAAAGGAAAUUACAUGUUUUAUGAAGAGGACCUGAGAGAGUGUGGCAUUGAUGUCACUGAGGCCUCAGUUUACUCUGGGAUUUGUACAACGAUCUUUAAGGAGGAAUCUGUGCUUUCCCAGAGGAAGAGCUACUGCUUUGUUCAUCUGAGCUUUCAGGAGUUCAUGGCUGCUUUCUAUGUGUUUCACUGCUAUGUGAACAACUGCAGAAUUUUAAACAGCAGUACAUGUACACGCCCAUGUAUGCUGAUGUGGACAAUUACAACUACAGGUUUGGGGAAGAUUCACCAUGAUCUGCUGAAGGCAGCAGUGAAUAAAGCCUUAAAGAGUAAGAAAGGACAGCUGGACCUUUUCCUCCGUUUCUUGCUGGGCAUCUCGCUGGAGUCCAAUCAGAGUCUCCUACAAGGCCUACUGACACACACACAGGGCAGCUCAGAAAGCAUCAACAAGACAGUGAAGUACAUUGGAUACCUAAUAAGAACAGAGGACCAUUGUACCGAGAGAUCCAUCAAUCUCUUCCUCUGUCUGACUGAAAUGAAGGACCAAUCUCUCUCGAGAGAGAUUCAGGACUAUCUAAAAUCAAAGAAACAGUCAGAAAAUAAGCUCUCUACUGCACACUGCUCAGCAAUAGCCUACAUGCUGCAGAUGUCAGAGGAGGUGCUGGAUGCACUGGACCUAAAGAAAUACAACACAUCACAGGAUGGUUACAGGAGACUGAUACCAGCUGUCAGCAACUGUAGAAGGGCUCUACUAGUUGGCUGUAAUUUCACCACAGACUGCAGUGAAAAACUCUGCUCUGCCUUGACAUCAGCAAACUCCCACUUGAGGGAAUUGGAUCUAUGUUACAAUUAUCUUCAGGAUUCAGGGGUAAUCAUACUCUCUGUGGGACUAAAGAGCUCAAACUGCCAACUGGUGAUUCUCAGAUUAUCUGGCUGUGGUCUCACUGGAGAAUCCUGCAAAUCUCUCACAUCAGUUCUACAAACAGAAAACUCCUUAAAGGAGCUGGAGCUCAAUAACAAUGAUCUACAGGAUUCAGGAGUGGAGGAGCUCUGUGCUGGACUUACGAGUUUACGCUGUAUACUGGAGAUACUUGGAUUGUCUGGUUGUUUGGUCACAGAAAAAGGCUGUUCUUCUCUGGCUUCAGCUUUGAGUUCAAACCCCUCACAUCUGAAACAACUGGAUCUGACCUACAACCACCCAGGAGACUCAGGAGUGAAAUUGCUCUCUGGUAGAUUGGAUACACUCAGGGUGGAGAAGGCAGGGGAGAUGAGAAUCAAAUCUGGCCUAAGGAAAUACGUGUGUGAGCUCACACUGGACCCAAACACAGUGCACACGCGUCUCUCUGUGUCUGACGGGAACAGAAAGGUGACACAUGGAAAUGGAAAGCAGUCGUAUCCUGAUCAUCCAGAGAGAUUUGAUGGCUGGUAUCAGGUGCUGUGUAAAGAGGGACUGUCUGAACGCUGUUACUGGGAGGCUGAGUGGAGUGGAGAAGAGGCUGUUAUAGCAGUGUCAUAUAAAGGAAUCAGCAGGAAAGGACACACUGGAGACUCUCAAUUUGGAUACAAUGAAAAGUCCUGGAGUCUGAACUGCUAUAAUAACAGAUACUGUGUUAUGCACAAUAAUCAGACGACUGUCAAAACUGACUUUAAAGUUCCCUUCCAAAGGAGAGUAGGGGUGUAUCUGGACUGGCCGGCCGGCAUUCUGUCCUUCUACUGUAUCUCUGCUCUAACAGACACACUCAUCCACUUAUAUUCAUUCCAGUCCACAUUUUCUGAGCCUCUCUAUGCAGGCUUUGGGGUUGACACUGAGGAUUCUGACUCGUCAGUGUGUGUGUGUGACAUGGUAUAGCAUAUAUGUGUCCUGGAGGAACACCUACAGAGAAAUACACAAAACUCUAAAUAUACAACUGGUAGAAUGAUGACAGAACUGAUGAACAUCAUAAUAUGCCCCUGCUUACACAAAACGCACAAUAGAAUUUAUUUUCCUUAAAAAAAGAAAAAAAAAUUGCUGGAAAAAAAAAAGUUUUAUUUUAGUAAUUGGAGAUAUAUUUUUGUCGUGGUCAAAAUCUUGUAAGAAAUUUGACACUUUUUUUCCCCAAUAUGUAAUGCUCAAGGCCAGAGCAAAUUCAGAAGGGUUUGUUGGUGGGGUACCUGUCAAUCAUUUUCGACUGCAGCCAAAUAGAUUGAAAAUACAAAAAUUAAAUAUCAGGAGCCCUACAGUGAUGAAGUAGAAUCUGUCCAAGUAUGUGGCAAAAGACUAUAAUAGCAGUUUAAGUGAGCGUGUACUGUGUUCAAGCAUGAGGAACUGCUGCUUAUAAUGCAAAUGAAGUUGAUUUUAACACGACAGCCACUAGGUGGUGCCCUUGUUCCUGCCUAUGUUUUGUCUACAUGAAGAUCUUGCUGACUGUGAUUCGCUGUACUGUAUAUGACUAGGCUGAAUAGUGUGUAGUCUCAGUGUAUUAGUGAAAGUGACUGUAGGUGAAAUGGUCUGUACUCUGUGCAUUUAUGAAUGUAAAAAUCAGGCUCUUUCUGUCUUUGGUGGAAUACAAGUUGAACCCACUCACUUGUUUUAGUGACAAUGUUUGGACCAGUUAAAGUCUCAACAGAUGAUACCAUUAUAGAUAGAGGAGAAACUUUCUUUAACAUCUUUCUUAAACAUCACAGAGAAAAUAUGGAGAGGAUUUCAUGUCGAGUAUAAAUGCACAGCAGUGAAAAAACAUUAAAUGCACAACAUGACUUGUCAGUAGCAACAUGCAGAAUAAUUGCCAACAUGAAAAGCAAAGCCUAUAUUAUAUGAUUUUUGUGUCAUUUAAUGUCUUUACUGAAAAAAAAUAUGUGGGGCUUUGCAUUUUAAAAAGAAAG